AUCUCGGACUCCGGUCAGCAAGUGUCUCUCAACAAAGUCCUACGAGUUUCUACCCGAUCAACACAUGUCGACCCCCAUGAACUACCUAGUAACCGGCGCAGGCAGAGGUAUUGGACGCGGACUCGCCCGCAAUCUCCUCGCGCAAGGCCACCGAGUCUUCCUCUUGGAUAGCAACGAGAGUGAGCUUUCAAACACUCUUUCACUUGCAUCAGACUGGGCAAAGUCCUCCUUUUCGGUCUCUAGCAACAGCCUUUACAAAGGCAAGGUUGUUGAUCUCAGAAACCGAGAAGAGAUCAAGAAUGUUGUCGGCGAGGUGAAUGAGUUCUUCGGCGGCAGACUACACGCCUUGGUAAACAAUGCAUUCGCAACUCCACACACAUGGAGAGACGAGAAAGGCAUGGAAGAUGAUCCAUCGUCUGACGACAUCAUGGAUCAAUGGGAUGAUAAGAUCGCUGUCGGACUGACGGCUCCAUUCCUCCUAUCGAGACUCUGCGUGCCCAUGCUCAAAGGCAAAGGCAAAGAAUCAAGUGCUGGUUGUAUUAUCAACAUUGCCUCCACUCGGGCAGAACAGGCAGAAGAUAAUCACGAAGGCUAUAGCGCAGCCAAAGGGGGGAUCCUUGGGCUCACACAAAGCAUGUCCAUCAGUCUAGGACAUAGGCACAACAUCCGUGUCAAUGCGAUAAUCCCUGGCUGGAUCAAUGUCGAAAACGAGAACAAAGCAGCAGACGAGAAAAAUGCCAAGUGGGAAGACGGCAUGACGGAUGAAGAUCACUCCUGGCACCCCGCUGGUCGAGUCGGAAAGGUCGAGGACAUCUACAAAGCAGUCAAGUUCCUCGUCGAAUCUGACUUUGUUACUGGCGAGAAAAUUGUGGUCGACGGCGGUGUCACUCGAAAGAUGUACUACCCAGAAUAGGACACGCCGAGCUAUACGACUAAUGUAACGUCGAAGGUUCCGUUCACAUGAUCAAGGUGCAGACGAUAUUAUUUGGCUUAAGCACGCUGUCAUUUAUAGCGGAUUCUUGAUGCAGUGCAUUGCACACCUCCAACGUAUGAUAUUGAUGAAAGAGGUCUUCAGGAACAUAGAUACUCAAAAAGCCAGACGUGUUGCCCAACAAGAGUACUAGAGGACGACACGAUUUCAGCAGCCGUUGAGGAGGUGCAAUUAUACGCCUCUGUUGAUUGGAAAUGCUCGCGGCGACGUUAUUCUGUUUCAAUGGAUAUCUCAAGGGCUUUCACAGACGUUUGCGAAAGAGCGGUUUU